GCGGAAACGUCUUUCUGUUCGGCCUUUCAUGAGUGUGUACUUUUAACAGCACACAACAGAUGAACCCAUUUCGGUUCCAGAGUAUAUUAAUGUAUAAAGUUUCAUUUUAACCCCAAAAAGGAAGAAUUUGUGAACUUUGCGUGGAAGUCCUCGAAACCUUUUCUUCAACAGCUGAAUGUUUCGACUGCAAUGGAGAGGUUAUUAAUAAGAGACAACCCGCUGCUUUUACCUUUAAACAAGGAGAAAACGGUCUACGACGGAUUUAUAACCCUUCAGGAAAGAGACUUCAGGAUUAGAAUUAUUCUCCCUCCAGACCUCCAACUAAGGAAAGCCAGGCUGCACUGCUGCUGGCAGCUAAAACACCUGUUGCGUGAAUAUGAGCACAUAGUGAAGCAGAGGCUGCUGCAGUCGACCGAUCUCAACAGUUUCAUUCUGGAGUUGAAGACUAUCCUGGAAGUGGCUCUAAGCCGAUGUCCCGAGGGUCGCUCCAUCCCGCCUCCUCGAUAUUAUUCCCAGCUUAUCUCAGAGAUGGAGGCUCUUGGAUGGGAUAAGAUGCUUUUCAUUGACAUGGACUUCCAAACACUGAAACUGGGUGCUGAGGACUCCUCUGGCAGGCAGCACGUUCUCACUGUUAAACUCAAAGCAAAGCAUCCAACAGAGGCUCCUGACUGUUCAGCUGACCUCCCGAUCCCUUUGGCCAUCACCUGGACACCUCAGAGUACUCUAGAGCAGCUCCACAGCCAGUUCCUGCUGGUUCUGGAGUCCCUGACAGACUUCUGGGACGUCCUGGAUGAGAUCGACAGAAAGACCUGGGUUCUAGAGCCAGAAAAACCCAGCCGUUUCGACACAAUGAGACGGAUUGCCAUAGGGAAUAACGUCUCCAUCAAGGUGGAGGUGGAUCCGAGGCACCCGAAGAUGCUACCAGAGUGCUGCCUGCUGGGAGCAGAUCAUGUGGUGACGCCGCUGAGGAACAAACUGAACGCCAACAUGCACAUGUGGAACCCGGACUCCAGCGUCUUGAACAACCUCCGGGAUGUUUUGGAGAUUGAAUUCCCGUCACCGGCCACCCACGAAAAAUCUAGUUUUAAUAUGGAGUGCGGCAUCUGUUACUCCUAUCGACUUGAAAAUGCCAUCCCAGAUCAAGUGUGUAAUGACCCCCGAUGUGGGCAGCCAUUCCACCAGGCCUGUCUUUAUGAGUGGCUACGAGCUCUUCCCUCCAGCAGGCAGAGUUUCAACCUUGUUUUCGGAGAGUGUCCUUAUUGCAGCAAGCCCAUUACAGUGAAAAUGGCAGUACAGAAGUCCUGAGGAGCAGCAUGAGGAGUUACAGGCAAAGAAAGUCAAUUUCGACUGACUUAAGCAAACACAAAUACAGCCCCCAACAGAAGGAUCAAUCCCACACAGACAAGCCUGGA